CGUCGCUCUAACAUGGAAGGACUACAGGCACUUCUGAAGAUAGCUAACAGCCUGCGCCGGUGGCAGGAAGGCCCCCGGAGUGCAGUUGGAGUUUUUUAAACCGGACGGAGGGAAGUGAGAGUCCGGGGUUUUGCGGUGAAAAUUCUGACUUGUUUGGCAGCUGAACUUGAGAGAAGUGACUUUAUUAUUGAUGGUGCAGAACGUAGCCUGCUUAUGAAUAACUCCCAAGUUGAUGAUGUCAAAAUCCUCUAUCAGCAGACAAGUUGUUUCUGCUAAGGUGACACACUGGGUGAAUCCGUCUUUUGAUGGUAUAAGCAAUUCUAGUUUACCGGUAAUCUCAGACAGAAAACAAUCUGGCAAUUCAGGGUCCAGUGCUGGAGUUCAGAAAAUUCUUUCGAGAGAACAAGACAAAACAUUGCCGUCCUCAAUCUUAAACGUCACAAAGAGCAGAAGAAGGACAAAGGCGUCAGGUGCAGACCACAUCUUUGACUGUUGUAGACAAAAUUCAGUUUCAAAUUCUGAUAAAGCCUGGGUGGAUGAAUAUAAACCUCAAAAUCAGAAUGAACUUGCAGUUCAUAAGAAGAAAAUUGAAGAGGUUGAAAAUUGGCUCAAAGCCCACACUGUAGAGAGAUUUCCCCACCAGGGUGGUUCCAUCUUAUUACUAACUGGUGCUGCUGGUACUGGUAAGACUGCUACAGUAGAAGUUCUUGUAAAGGAGUUGGGAAUCCAGCUACUGGAAUGGACAAAUCCUUUGUCAGAAAACAAAUUUAAAAGCUAUGAUGAAUUUAAAGACUGCUUUCAUACUGAACCAAGUUUUCAGGUACACAUCAGCAAGUCACAGUCUAUUCUAUUCGAAGAAUUUUUAUUGCGAGCCAACAAAUACAAAAAGCUUCAGAUGCUGGGAGAUAGACUGGAGACAGACAAAAAACUGAUUCUCGUGGAAGAUAUUCCAAAUCAGUUUUAUAGAGAACCUUCUUGUAUGCAUGAUAUUUUGAGGAGAUUUGUGCAGGCAGCAAGAUGUCCACUGGUGUUUAUAAUUUCUGAUAGUGUUAGUGGCGAUGGUGGUCAUCGGUUACUCUUCCCUAAAGACAUCCAAGAGGAAUUGGGUAUCGCUAACAUAAGUUUUAAUCCUGUGGCUCCCACAAGCAUGUUAAAAGUUUUAAGUAGAAUAGCUUCUCAAGAGGCUAGUAAGAUUGAUGGAAAGACUACUGUUCCCGACAAAUCUGUACUGGAGUUUCUCUGUAAAGGCAGUGCAGGAGAUAUCAGAAGUGCAAUAAACAAUCUCCAGUUUACAUCAGUGAAAGGCUGCCCAUUGGAACUGAAUUCAGCACAGAAUCAUAAAGGAAAAGCGUUAAUAAAAGCAGGCACGUCUUCAAGAGGCAAACGUAAAGAAAAGUCUUCAAAGGUAAAUGAAAAAGGAGGUGGCCUGCACACCAUUGGAAGCAAAGACCAAUCUCUCUUCCUGUUUCGAGCUCUGGGAAAAAUAAUCUAUUGCAAACGAGAGCCACCUAAUGACUUGGAUUGGAAUCCAUUACCAAUCCAUUUAUCUGAGCAUGAGAGGGAUCCACUUCUGAUCAAUCCUGAGGAGGUGAUUGAGAAUUCACACAUGUCUAAGGAGCUAUUCAAUCUUUAUCUUCAUCAAAAUUAUCUUGAUUUCUUCAGUGAAAUAGAAGACAUUGUACGGGCUAGUGAAUAUCUUAGUGAUGCAGAUUUCUUAACAGUAGAUUGGAACAAUCGUUCGACAAUGCAGAAAUAUAGUACGUCUGUUGCUGCAAGAGGGUUGAUUCAUGCUAACAAAGCUAGAGCUCGAGCUAAUUGUAAAGGAGGAGCUGGCUUCAAACCUUUACACAAACCACAGUGGCUCUCAAUAAGUAAAAAGUAUAAAGAAAACUGUCUUGCAGCCAAAAGAUUUUUUUCAAAUUUCUGUUUGGCACCAUAUUGCCUUCAGACCCAGCUAUUGCCAUAUCUUGCUCUGUUAACAAAUCCCAUGAGAAACCAAGCCCAAAUUAAUUUUAUCCAAGAUGUAGGAAAGUUUCCUUUCAAGAGAUACUCUGCAAGGUUAACUUUGGAAACUUUAACAGAUAAGGAUCCAAGUAUUCUGGAGUUAGAAAAUGAAGACUACUCUGCCCAGUGUCCGUCAUUAACACAUGAUCAGGCAACAGCAACAUCAGAGACACAGACAUUGUGUUCAACCAGCAAUGCAAGUCAGUCUGGUGCAGGAGAUCUACCAAGUAGCCAACCACAACCGACCAUAAUGCAAUCCUUCCAAAAAGAUGAUGAAGAAUUAAUGAUAGAGGAAUACGAUAGUGACUAACAUAGCUGUUUUGGUCUAAGUUGAGUCUAUAAAUAUUUAUUUUUUUAGAUUUAUUCAAUCUGGUUAAGUAUCGGAUCCAAACAUAUUUCAUUAAUGAAAGUGUUUCUGGAACCACGGUAACGAGGAGCAGUUUUUGAAAAUCUGUACAAGUGAAAUAAUGUUUGUCUGAGCACAUAGAGUUGUGGAAUUAUUGGAAAAUAUUCCAUAUCUCCAUUGUCUAGCACGCUAAGACUUACUAAGACCUGCAUAUUUUCAGAAAACUCAAUGGAACCAUUUACUUCCAUUAUUGUACCAAAGGAAUCUAUUUGUUAUGCAAACUGUGUACAGAAAUUGAUUUCACCUUUUUGCUAAAUAUUCACACAUGUAAAAUCCUUUCUCUUAAUUGCAUCUUCAUUAAUAUUGGACACAAAUCUUUAGCCUUCAUUUUACUGAGCCUGUUUACCAACAGUGCUUUCUAUCAAAAGUUUAGAGACUGUGUAUUUCGAAAAAAAUAGUCUGGAAAUGAGGAUGAAGUUCCUGAAUCAAAAUAUAAAUUUAUAUUUAUACUUGACAAUGUUUUUGAUAAACAAGAGGCCGUAAACUCCUUGUACAGCAAUCUGAGCCUAAUAACACUGAAUUAUUUAUGUUGAAAUAUGAUGUAUACUUCACCAUUUUUAUUAUUUGGUUGUAGAAUUCACAACAUUAGCGGUUCAUGGUCCAUGACUUUGCUCCAUUUUAUUAAUACAUUAAACCUUUUAUUGAACACA